UCCUUCUGCAUCAUGGGGAGCCCACACCCAAAGCUUUGUGCCCAUAAAACUCCCGGGCAAGCCUCCUGGGAACCAGAGCAACAGCGGCCAAACUCCCAGCCAGGAACGGACACUGAGGAGCCAACGGAGCCGUGAGGUUCCAGCCACAGAGUCGCCAAUUGCUACAGAUGAACAGUAGAGAGAAGGCAAGCUCAGUUAUGCUCGGCCUUUGGAUCAUCUUGGCCCUCAGUUUUAGUGGGGUGCAAAGCCAGUUCCCCAGGGUCUGCACUACAAAGGAAGCUUUUCAGACAAAGGUUUGCUGCCCGACAUGGACAGAUGGAAGCGCUUGUGGUUCCCGCUCAGGGCGUGGCCAGUGCCGUAAUUGGGUGGCAUUUAGUUCAUUUGCAAAAGGCCAACUUCCCAUUUAUAACGAUGAUCGGUUGGACUGGCCACGCCAUUAUUAUGACAGUACCUGUGAGUGCUUUGGAAACUACGGGGGUUUCAAUUGUGGUUAUUGCAAAUAUGGUUACACUGGGAAGAAAUGUGAUCAGAAAAAGACUCGGGUACGGAAAGAGAUCCGGCAACUUUCCUUCACGGAGAGGAAGAGGUUCUUCGGUUACUUGGCUCUUGCUAAGACCACCUUCAGCAAGGACUAUGUGGUGCUCACCACCGGAGACAGGCACCACCGCGACACAUAUCGUUUCGUGGAUGCUUCAAUCUAUGAAGUGUUUUCUUGGAUCCAUUAUUACUCCAUAAAGCCAAUUAUGGUCAACAGCACAUUAGAUCCAAGGAGAAACUAUGCCCACCGAGGCCCUGCUUUCCCGGGGUGGCACCGCCUGGGCCUCAUGUUCUUUGAGAGAGAAGUUCAGCACAUGACUGGCGACGAGGACUUUGCGCUGCCUUAUUAUGACUGGCGAGGGGAACAGAAUUGCUCCAUCUGUACCAAUGAUUAUAUGGGGGAUAAUGAUGUGCAGGGCUACUUGGACCCUUAUUCCCACUUCUACAAUUGGAGGUCCAUCUGUAGUGGGUACAAUUACCCAGAUGCCUACUGCCCAGGGGCCACUGACGGAUAUCAGGAAAGACUGCACAGAAAGCCGGGUGCAGACCCUCUGGCCAACACAUUGCCUUCAUUCCAAGAUGUGGAGAACACGCUGAAGUGGAGGGACUUUGACACCCCUCCUUAUGACAGCACAGCCACAAGGAGCUUCCGUAAUAUACUUGAAGGUUUUAUGAAUCCACAAGAUGGAGUCACUGAUGACCUGAACAUUCACAACCUGGUCCAUCUGUACAUGGGAGGAACCAUGUCUCAAGUGCCCAUCUCCAGUAGUGACCCAAUGUUUCUGCUGCACCAUAACUUCAUUGACAAGAUAUAUGAAGUUUGGAUACAAAAAUACAAAGGUUCUCCAAAAGUAUAUCCUGAAAACAACGAGCCCGGUCAGGGUCCAAAUGAAUGUUCCACCCCUUACUUUCCAUGUUGGAGGAACAAGGAUCUUCUUAGGCCAUCCACAGAUUUUGGAUACAAAUUUUCUGUGUAUCAGGGCAUGUAGGGGGGG